AUGAUCAAUAACGAACCUUAUCCAUCCGCCGACUCAGCUUCGAUUUUAACUACGUCUACAUCUAAUAACUCCUUAAUGUCUUACAAUCACCAACCUCAACUAUCUAUUAACUCUGUUCAAUCACUCUUGGAGCCGGUGACACCUCCGCCUUUAGGCCAGAUGAACAACAAGAGGAACCACCAGAAGGCUCAUUCGCUUGAUCUCUCCGGUUUUAAUCAGUUCAUAUCAUCUACACAAUCUCCCCUGACUUUGAUGAACAAUAUAUCAACUUCGAACCCUGCUAAUGCAUUUUCUCCCAAUUCCAACGCUGCUAAUAACUCCACCGGUCUUCCAAAUUCAAUGGCAAAUCCCCCAGCGAUUCUUCCAUUAAUUAAUGAGUUUGAUCUGGAUAUGGAUGGUUCCAAAAGAAAAUUAAGCAAUGAUUUCACAGCGGUUGCCGCUACGAACUCUGGUGUUAACACUUUGGAAACUUCAUCCUCUUCAGUGACACCUGCUGCAUCUCUCAGAAAUUUCAGUAACAAUAAUAAUGCUGCCUCUAAAUGUGGGGCAGAUAAUUCUUCUUUUGGUUUAAGUAGCUCUACAUCUUCAUCUAUGGUGGAAAUCAGCGCACUACCCCUUAGAGAUUUGGAUUAUAUCAAACUGGCCACUGAUCAAUUUGGUUGCCGUUUCCUUCAAAAAAAAUUGGAAACACCCAGUGAAUCUAACCUGGUAAGAGACUUGAUGUAUGAGCAAAUUAAGCCCUUUUUCUUGGAUCUUAUUUUGGAUCCAUUCGGUAACUAUUUGGUUCAAAAGUUAUGCGAUUAUUUAACUGCUGAACAAAAGACAUUGUUAAUACAGACAAUAUAUCCAAAUGUUUUCCAAAUAUCCAUCAAUCAAUACGGGACCCGUUCCUUACAGAAAAUUAUAGAUACCGUCGAUAAUGAAGUUCAAAUCGAUCUCAUUAUUAAGGGGUUUUCCCAGGAGUUUACUUCAAUUGAACAGGUGGUUACUUUGAUAAACGACUUGAAUGGUAACCAUGUGAUUCAGAAAUGUAUUUUUAAAUUCUCGCCAUCAAAAUUUGGUUUUAUCAUAGAUGCUAUUGUAGAACAAAAUAACAUCAUUACUAUAUCUACUCAUAAACACGGUUGUUGUGUACUACAAAAAUUGUUAAGCGUUUGUACUUUACAGCAGAUUUUUAAGAUUUCGGUGAAAAUUGUGCAAUUCUUACCAGGAUUAAUAAAUGAUCAAUUCGGUAACUAUAUCAUCCAAUUCUUAUUAGAUAUCAAUGAACUGGACUUUUAUUUGCUUGCAGAAUUAUUCAAUCGUUUGUCCAAUGAGUUAUGCCAAUUAUCUUGCUUGAAAUUCUCCUCUAAUGUUGUGGAAAAAUUCAUUAAGAAACUUUUCAGAAUCAUCACGGGAUUCACUGCUAAUAAUAAUCGAGGAGGCUCACAAAGGACUGCAGUUGCUUCUGAUGACGUUAUCAAUGCUUCUAUGAACAUUCUUUUGACGACUAUUGAUAUAUUUACUGUCAACUUGAAUGUUUUAAUCAGAGAUAAUUUCGGUAAUUAUGCAUUACAAACGCUAUUGGAUGUUAAAAACUAUGCUCCUUUGCUUACUUACAACAAAAAUGGCAACAAAAAUGUGAAAAAUAUGUCUACUACAUUAAAUUAUGGUAAUUUUUGUAACGAUUUUUCACUGAAAAUUGGUAACUUGAUUGUUCUCACCAAAGAGCUACUUCCAACUAUUAAAACUACAUCGUAUGCAAAGAAAAUUAAGUUGAAAGUUAAAGCUUAUGCAGAAGCUACAGGUAUACCAUUCACAGAAAUAUCUCCUCAAGCUAGUACAAUGAGUCAUAACAAUUUGCAAACCAUUAACAACGAAAAUAAAAACCCAAACAACAAAAAUAAUCAUAACCAUAACCAUAAUCACAAUACUACUACUAAUAAUAAUAACCAAAAGAGCCAUACCCGUCAUUUUUCCUUACCAGCUAAUGCUUAUCAUAGAAGGAGUAAUAGCUCUGUAACUAAUAGUUUUUCAAACCAAUAUGCACAAGAUCAUAAAACUCAUUCUCCACAACAAAUUAUGAACUUCAACCCAAACGCAUAUCCCUCGAUGGGAGCAACUUCUUUCAAUUCUCAAACUAACCCACCGUUAGUUAGCCAUAAUUCAUUACAAAACUUCGAUAAUCGUCAAUUUGCAAAUUUAAUGGCAAAUCCAAAUUCCACUGUACCAAUUCAUUCACUCUCAUCAUCUAACAUAACAAACUCAAAUCCUCCUGUUUCAAGAGGGUUCAAGCAACCUGCUUUCACGAUGAAUGAGACUGACAGGAUCAGUGCCAAGCACUUCUCCCCAUAUUCUAAUGCAAAUAGUCAAACCUUCAACGAAUCAUUUGUGCCCCGUAUGCCAUACCAAACGGAAAACACUAACUGGGAUACUAAUGUGUCAACAAAGUCGCAGCACAUUGGCCAAGGCCCAUACAGCCAAAUUAGUACGAGUCGCAACGUUAGUGUUUCCAAUAUCCCAGUCAUGGAUAUCGCUAGAACAUCUGAAGAACUUCAAUUCACUCUACCAUGA